UUUAGUAUUUCCGAGGCAGUGGAAGUAGACGGAGCGGUGAUUGUAGAAGGAACAUACAUAUAUAAGCACUCGUCAUGGACUUCCUCCGUACUAAUGAUAAGUAUGCCGAGGAAUCGUGGGAAUGGUUAAUGCAAUGGAAUAAAACUUUUUGGCGAGAUAACCCUGAAGACUCCACCAGUCAGCAUGUGCAACCUCUAGGUCAAGAGCGCCCCGAGGGGAAGGUGAAUGAAAGCGAUUUGGAGCUUCUGAAUGCCAUUGAAAUACUGACCUACGAUUCUAACAUUACGUCCGCCGGCAUGAAAUUCAAAUUAAAUGAAAAAGAAAUCUCAACUGCAUCUGAUACGGAGGUACUUAUGGCGAAGAUCCGUUCAUUGCAGGUGAUAAUAGGACAGCAAAGAUUGCAGAGGGAGGAAAUGUGUGAAAAGUUUGUUAACGAAAUCGAAUCACUAAAGUUAAUACAGAACGACCUGAUAUCGCAAUCUGAUAAGAAGGAAAGCCAACAAAGCGCUAUCGUCCAAAGACUGAAUCAGCAACUACUUUCAAUGCAGGUAAUAAUAAGCAACCUGGAGCAGAAAGUAAUCGACAAGGAGGAAAUGAGCCAGCAACUGCUCGACAAUCUGGAAACGCAAGAAAAGAUCAAUCAAGAACUCACAAUAGAGCGUGAUGGAAUGCUACUGCAACUGGAGGAACAGGAGUCCCAACACUUGAGUACGGUGGAGCAACUUGAGAACCAAAUCCUUUCGCUGCAGAUGAUAAUAGACACUGAUCAGCGGGUCGAACGAUUGACCUUACAAAUGCAGCAGCAGGAGGAGAACCACAACACCACCCUGGACAGACUGGGGGAAGAACUCCGUUCGAUGCAGUUGAUAGCUACCGAAUCACAGGAUCGAAUGUCCCAAAGGGAGGAAAUGCUUAACAACCGGGAGCGAGAGCAUCUUCAAGAAGUGGAAAGGUUGCAGAAUCGUGAAGCUCAAAACGAGGAAAGUAUCACUUGCUCCAUAUGCCUGUCGCCCUGGGAGGAGAGCGGUGGCCAUCGCGUUGUGUCUCUAGCCUGUGGUCAUCUAUACGGUGACUCAUGCAUCAGGUCAGCUUUGAUGCGAGCCGCGGAGUGUCCAAUUUGUCGGCGUCCAGCUUCUCAGGGUGAUCUCCGGUACAUCUUCAGUGCCAACAUAUUUCCUGCGUAAAACCUAGAUGAUAUCCAUUUAAUGUUAAAUAAUACGCAUCAUUUGCGAACAUAACGAAAAACAUAAAAUUUGUAUUGACUCCAAAUAAAUAAAAUGUACACACAUGA